AUGGAGCAAAUAAUGGGAAGCAUGGUGGGAUUUAUGCAAGGAACUCACUCUUGGGACGGCCAUGCAGUCAACAUGCUCGACCUCUACCGUCGACAGAAUCCUCCCAUCUUUCAAGGGAAACUUGGCGCGGACCCCAGCGAAGGGGAAUUCUGGAUUGAACAAGCAGAGAAGCUGCUAGACCACUUACACUGUGGAGAAGAGGAGAAAGUCAACUGUGCCACCUUCAUGCUUCAAGAUGAGGUAGACAGAUGGUGGAAAGGAGUUAAACGAGCAAUGACCCCUCGAGCUAGGGCACCAUACGUCACCUGGGAGCGGUUCAAAGAACUCUUCGACGAGAAGUACUUUCCUCUAAGUCUGAGAGUAAAGAAGGAGAGAGAAUUUAUGGAGUUAAGGCAAACUGGGGACAUGACCGUAGCCUAG